ACCAGCCCACUCGCGCCACCACCUCACCUCGCCUCCGCGCGCGGUCGAUCACUCCACCACCACACACAUCCUCCGUCUUGCACGACCAGCUGCACGGUGUAGCCAUGGACCAGCUCCCCAAGCGCCCGGCCAACUACGUGCCGCUGAGCCCCGUGGGGUUUCUGGCGCGCGCCAAUGCCGUCUACGCCGACCGCGCGUCCGUCGUCUACGGCGGCGUCCGCUUCACCUGGCGCCAGACGUACGAGCGCUGCCGCCGCCUCGCGUCCGCGCUGCUGUCCCUCGGCGUCCGCAGGGGGGACGUCGUCUCCGUGCUCGCGCCCAACGUGCCGGCCAUGUACGAGAUGCACUUCGCCGUGCCCAUGGCCGGCGCCGUGCUCAACGCCAUCAACACGCGCCUCGACGCCGCCGCCGUCGCCACCAUCCUGCGCCACUCCGGGGCCAAGCUCUUCUUCGUCGACUACGACUACGUGCGCCUCGCCGGCGACGCGCUCCGCCUGCUCGCCGCCGCCGCCGGCGGCACCGUCCCGCUCGUCGCCGUCGUCGACGACAUCGACUCGCCCACGGGGGCCCGGCUCGGGGAGCUCGAGUACGAGGCCCUGGUCGCGCACGGCGACCCCGACGCCGACCUCCCGCCGCUCGCCGACGAGUGGGACGCCGUCACGCUCAACUACACGUCCGGCACCACGUCCGCGCCCAAGGGCGUCGUCUACAGCCACCGCGGGGCGUACCUGAGCACCACCAGCCUGCUGCUGCAGUGGGGGGUGGCCACCGACCCCGUCUACCUCUGGACGCUCCCCAUGUUCCACUGCAACGGCUGGACCUUCACCUGGGGCAUGGCGGCGCGCGGCGGCGUCAACGUCUGCAUCCGCGACGCGCGCCGCGCCGACAUCUACCGCGCCAUCGCGCGCCACCGCGUCACCCACAUGUGCUGCGCGCCCGUCGUCUUCAGCAUCCUCCUCGACGGCGACGGCGACGGCGACGGCAGGCAGCUCGAGGCCCCCGUCCACGUCCUCACCGGCGGCGCGCCGCCGCCGGCCGCGCUGCUGGAGCGCGUCGAGCGGAUCGGAUUCAAGGUCACGCACGCCUACGGCCUCACGGAGGCGACGGGGCCCGCGCUGGCGUGCGAGUGGCGCGACCAGUGGGACCGCCUCCCGCUCCCGGAGCGCGCUCGCCUCAAGGCGCGACAGGGGAUCAGCGUCCUGUCCCUCGCCGACGCCGACGUCAAGAACGUCGACACCAUGGCCAGCGUGCCGCGCGACGGCAAGAGCCUCGGCGAGAUCGUACUCCGGGGCAGCAGCGUCAUGAAGGGCUACCUCAACAACCCGGAGGCGAACGACGGCGCCUUCAGGGGCGGCUGGUUCCUCACCGGCGACGUCGGCGUCGUGCACCCGGACGGGUACAUCGAGAUCAAGGACCGGUCCAAGGACGUGAUCAUCAGCGGCGGGGAGAACAUCUGCAGCAAGGAGGUGGAGGAGGUGCUGUUCCGGCACCCGGCCGUGGCCGACGCGGCGGUGGUCGCGAUGCCGCACCCGCGCUGGGGCGAGACGCCGUGCGCCUUCGUCGUGCCCAGGGACGGCAAGGCCCACGGGCUCAGCGAGGACGACGUGCUCGCGUUCUGCGCCAGGCGCAUGGCGCGCUUCAUGGUCCCCAAGAAGGUGGAGGUCAUCGGUGCACUGCCGAGGAACGCGCUGGGAAAGGUUGAGAAGGUCAAGCUCCGGGAGGCGGCACGUAAGCUGGCGCCAACCGUGCCGGCGCAGAUAAAGCCAAAAGGGAAGACGACGACCUCAACUGUGGUCGGCGGUGGUCGCUGCGAGGAGCAGCCGGUGUCGAGGUUAUAGGUAGCAAAACACUACAGACCAUAACUUGUGUUCAACUUCUUUUAUGUGCAGUGAUAUUGUAGGUACUUAAUUAUUACGUGCACAAUGUAAAAUACAUGCAUGGUGUCGAAACGUGAAGGAAAUAAAUUUCUUUUUUGUUCUGGUUCCAGACAAGAGAGAUUGUGAUAA